AGCGCAGCGUGCCGCGUCGCCACGGCAACGGAGCGAACCCCGGCGAGCGCCGGGCGGACCCACGGACGCGGACCGACCGAUUGCCGCCUGGCAUUCGGGCAAGCACUGAGGCUUGGGGACUAUGGGUGAGCAUUUUCUGCUCAAAAGCUGGCACCCUACCACUUGACCACACCUCACUGAAGGCGUUUUGCUGCUUAAUUGGAGAUGAGAGGCUCUUGGACAUCCUGCCUCCAACUAGCUUCAAACCAGGAUCCUCAGCUCUCAGCCUCCUGAGUAGUUAGGAUUACAGACUUUCCAGCUGCUCAAUGGCCUCUGCAAAGAAGAAACUGCAGGGUCUUGUCGCUGCCACCAUCACACCAAUGACUGAGAAUGGAGAAAUCAACUUUUCUGUAAUUGGCCAGUAUGUGGACUACCUUGUAAAAGAGCAGGGAGUGAAGAAUGUUUUUGUGAAUGGCACAACAGGAGAAGGCCUGUCCCUCAGCAUGUCUGAGCGUCGCCUGAUUGCUGAGGAGUGGGUGACACAAGGAAGGAACAAGUUGGACCAAGUGGUGAUUCAUGUGGGAGCACUGAGCUUGAAGGAAUCACAAGAACUGGCCCAACAUGCUGCAGAAAUAGGAGCUGAUGGCAUUGCUGUCAUUGCACCUUUCUUUCUCAAGCCAUGGAGCAAAGAUGUCCUGGUUAAUUUCCUAAAGGAGGUGGCUGUCAGGGCCCCCGAAUUGCCAUUUUAUUACUAUCAUAUUCCUGCCUUGACAGGGGUAAAGAUUCGUGCUGAGGAGUUGUUGGAUGGGAUUCAGGAUAAGAUCCCCACCUUCCAAGGGCUAAAAUUCAGUGACACUGAUCUCUUAGACUUCGGGCAGUGUGUUGAUCAGAAUCACCAGCGAGAGUUUGCUUUGCUCUUUGGCGUGGAUGAGCAACUGUUGAGUGGUCUGAUAAUGGGAGCAACUGGAGCUGUGGGCAGUACCUAUAACUACCUGGGAAAAAAGACAAACCAGAUGCUGGAGGCUUUUGAAAGGAAGGACUUCUCUUCAGCACUGAACUAUCAGUUUUGCAUCCAAAGAUUUAUCAACUUUGUAAUCAAACUAGGUUUUGGAGUGUCACAGACCAAAGCCAUCAUGACUCUAGUCUCUGGAAUUCCAAUGGGCCCACCCCGGCUUCCACUACAGAAAGCCACCAGGGAGUUCACUGAUCAUGCUGAAGCUAAACUGAAGAGCCUGGAUUUCCUUUCGUUCACUGGUUUAAAGGAUAAAAAGUUGGAAGCUUGUAGCUAGUGCCUCUAUCAAACAAUGGGAAAAUAUUGAGACAUAAAGACUAUGAAAAGUAUAUUCUUUUCUCAGGGGCUAAACAUUCUCUUAUCCAGUGAAAUCUCACAUUAAUCAAUAAGUAUUUAAGUCUGUACUUUGAGCCUAACAUUUUAUGUUAUGAAUGUGGGGGUAGGGAGAAACUUCUAAAAGGAGUCAUGAGCCCUAAAUCAUUCAUUUUACAAAAUUUUGAAGAGAAUUUUCUGUUUGUAUGGCUAAAAGGGAAUCCAGGAGAAAUUUUUAAUUAGUUUCCUUUGCCUUUGGGAACUCCUAUUAUCUUAAUAACUAAUUCUUACUCUUAUUUUAAAGUUCUCUCAUUUUAAACCACUCUCACAUAGUUUGGUUUUAACAGAUAAUUCAUAUGGCAUCCAGGAAAAUUCUGAGCUGUUGCAGUUAGGCAAGCAGUAUAAUACUAAAUUCAACAUGACCCAGCUCUUUAUACCAUCUUACUUGGCUCCUGGGCUGUAUUUGUAGCCACUCCACAACUCUGCUUUCAUAAUAAUUUUGUACUGUAUACCCUUCAAGGACUGGGCCCAGUGAAGACUUGCUUCAGUUCCUCCAUUUAAGGGACUUACAGGGUGGUGCUAUGGUUUGGAGAUGUUUGCUCCCCAAGGGUUCAUCUGUGGAAAGCUUAGCUCUCAGUGUGAUGAUGUGAAAGAUUAUAUACCUUUAAGAAAUGGGACCUGCUAAGAGGUGCUUAAGUCAUGAGGACAGCCCUUCAGACAUAAUGCUGCUCUCCUUCAGUGAGUCUUCCUGUCACCAGGCUCCCACUUCAACUCUCCACUGGAAUUAAUCUAGUUUGUUGGUAUUAUUUUUCUGCUCUUUCUUUCCUCUCCUGCUCUCAGGGCUCAGUUUUCUGACAGUGUUAAGUGCAUUUGAGGGGCUGUAGGUUUUUGUGACAAGAAUCCACCUGCAGUCACCUGCUUUCUAAUAAAGAGUCCCAAUUCCACCUCUCAAAA